AUGAUGUCGAAAGUAACACCAAAAGAAGUGAAAGCAUACGAAAAAGCUGGAAGUACAGCAGAAGAAGUGAUUAGUGGUAUCAGAACAGUUUCCUCUUUUAACGGAGAACAAAAAGAAAUUGAAAGGUAUGGAACUCGAAUGGUUCUCGAUGGAUCUAUCACUCCUGGUACCACAUUCGCUGUCUUCUGGGCAGUUUCUGGUGCAAUUUACUGUCUUGCUCAGGCGUCGUCUCAGAUUCCAACGUUCUUAUCAUGUCACAGUGCAGCUGUUCCUGUGUUCAAAAUUAUUGAUAGAAUUGUUCCAAUUGAUGUUUCUUCGAAUCGAGGAAUAAGCUUGUGGAAAGUCAAAGGGAAUGUAAGGUUUGAGAAUGUUUGGUUCAAAUAUCCAACUCGAUCAGAGGUGAAUGUCCUGAAAGGAGUGAGUUUUUAUGCAAACUCCGGAGAGAACAUAGCUUUAGUGGGUCAUUCUGGAUGUGGAAAAAGUACAUUGGCUUCACUUUUGAUGUAUUUCUAUGAGUUGGAUGAUGGAAGAAUAUCAAUAGAUGAUACAAAUAUUGAAAAAUUAAACUUGGCUCAUUUGAGAAACAUAAUUGGAAUCGUCAGUCAGGAGCCGUUAUUAUUUGCUGAUACGAUUGAAAACAAUAUUAGAUUGGGUGCACCUGAUAUUGAUGACAAUGAGAUGGAAUACUAUUGCAAGUUGGCAAAUGCUCACGACUUCAUUGAACAACUUCCGAAACAAGGACGAACAACUAUAACGAUUGCUCAUAGACUGAGUACGAUUCGAAAUUGCACACGCAUUUAUGUGUUCGAUAAUGGAGAAGUGAUAGAAGUAGGAAGUCAUGAAGAACUAAUGAAGAAGAAUGGAUAUUAUUCCAAAAUGGUUCAAGCACAAGACAUCGAUCAUAGUGAUGAGUCUACAUCAGCUGAAGAAGAUUCUUUUCUCUCCAAACGCGAGUCUUGUGAUCUGGAAUCUUCUAGAAUACAGAUCAGCAAACGUCUUUCAAAAGCAUUUUCCCUUACAUCGGAGGAUAUGGAAUCUGAUAUUUCUCAAUUACAGAAAGAAGUAGGACGUGGUUAUUCGUCGAGUUUCCUCGAGAUUCUUCAGUUUGCAAAACCGGAAUGGAUACUUCUUCUGAUUUCUAUCCUAUUAUCGAUCAUUCGAGGAUUCAGUUUUCCAAUAUUCUCUGUUUUGUACGGAAGGAUGUUUCGAAUUCUUUCCACUGGAACAGACAUGGAGAAGAAGUAUAAUUCAGAAAUCAACGCAUACUACUUUUUGAUAUUAGGAGUGUCAUCUGCAAUUGUGACAAUGGUAGCCGGAUGUUUAUUAGGAUAUGUUGGAGAAAGGCUCACAAAAAGACUCAGGAUUCUUUUAUUCAGUAAUAUUCGCAAACAGGACGGUGAAUACUUUGAUCAUCCGGAGCAUGCCCCAGGUCGUCUAACAACUCGUCUGGCAACAGAUGCUCCGAAUAUCCGCGCAGUAAUCGAUCAACGUCUUGCUGAUGUUUUUCAAGGAGUCUCUGCGAUUGUUUGUGGAACAGCAAUUGCGUUUUGGUAUGACCCUGCAAUGGCUCCAAUUGGAAUAGUUACAGUUGCUACAUUGAUUUCACUUCAAGCAAUUAUCAGUCAUAUUUUAAAGAAAAGGUGA